AUGGAGCUGGCCUUUGAAGUAGCAGCUGUAAAAAUGAAAGAAGGCAAAAACAGCCUAAUAAUUGCAGGCCUAUAUAGAUCACCAAAUAGUGAUGUAGAAGAGUUCUUUUGCCAGCUAGAACAAUUUCUGAAUAAACAAUCAACAAACAAAAAACAGUCGGCUGCUUCAGACAUUGUAAGUGAAUCAGAUGAAAUUGAUCAACAACCACGACUUACUGUUCCUGAUGAGUACAUAGUUCAAUGUGCAUAUAAUGUGGAUGAAAGUGUUUCUGUUGAGAGUGACUCUGUUCGCAUUAGUGAUGUCAACAACGACAAUAAUAUGUGUCAUGAUAAUGCAGAACUAAUAGAGAACAUAGAGUGGGUGCAAGACAUAUUUGCAAAAGAAACUAUUGAAUUCUCACACAAAUAUGGUGCAAAUAUUGUUUCUGACAAAACAAGCUCCAUUGAAAUACUUGGCUGCUUAUUUGAUUUACUAGAUCACCUUGUGUUUCCUACAAAUUUAUAUGCGACUCAGAAAUUUGGAGGUUCCACCACUUUCAAACCAACUGAUACUGAGGAAAUGAAGAAAUUUAUUGCCAUCAAUUUAUUAAUGGGGAUCAAAAAAUGUCCUUCAUCUGGAGAUUAUUGGUAUUCUGACCCAGCUCUCUGUGAUUCGUACAUUUCAGCUCUCAUGUUAGGCCAUAUACAUGUGAAUGAUGAUAAUCAGCAGCCAAAAAAUGGAGAAAAAGGUUAUGAUAAACUGUUCAAGAUACACCCACUGCUGGACUAUCUAAGCAAGAUCUACUCAGAAAAUAAUUUACCAACAGAACACCUUGUUGUGGAUGAAUCUAUGAUUUGA